AAGACAAUGGCAUCGUCUAAGCCAAUAUCCUUUACAUUUUCUCUCAUAUUUCUCUCCCUCUUCCUCCUCUACCUAACUCUAACUUGCAGACUGAGACAAAAACAACGUGAACUUCCAAUCUCCCUCCUAGAAAAACCAACAACUUUAUUUAUACAAAAUAAUUUGCCUAUGCAAUAUGUCACUAGACAACCUAAAUGGUUUCGACUUUUGCAAGACGAAAUCAAGGACAAAACACUAAAAAUCGGCCUCGUAAACUUUAAUGAUGACUCGUUUUUCGACUACGUUGGAUUGCAUGGGGCAGAAAAUGUGGAGACAUUCGACGUGAAAUUUCCUAGAGUUUCGGAUAAAAUUAAGUGGAAAGACUUGUUUCCAGAAUGGAUUGAUGAAGAUGAGGUUUCAGCCAAGCCUACGUGCCCAGAAAUACCAAUGCCGGUUUUCGAGAAGUACGAGGAACUGGAUGUUGUUAUUGCAAAGGUUCCAUGUAAAAAAGCAGGGUUCGGUUUUAGGGAUGUUUUUAGGUUACAAGUUAACUUGGUGGUGGCUAACUUGUUGGUAAGAAGUGGUGGGAGUUGGAAUAAUAAUAAUAAACGGCCGCCGUAUGCAGUGUUUAUCGGCGAUUGUGGGCCAAUGUGGGAGAUUUUCCGAUGUGAAGACAUGUUGUUGCAUGAAGAGAAUUUGUGGGUUUAUAAGCCUGAGUUGAAAAGGCUGAAGCAAAAAAUUCUUAUACCUGUUGGUAGUUGUCAGCUUGCUCGUCCAUUUCCAGAACAAGGGCAGUUAGCAAUGGACGAAAUAAGAGAAGCUUAUGUGACAGUUCUCCAUUCCUCAGAAGCCUAUGUUUGUGGAGCAAUAGCUUUGGCACAAAGCAUCAUUCAAACUAACUCUACUAGAGACCUUGUGCUCUUAGCAGAUGACUCAAUUUCUCCAAAAUCCCUUCUUGGCCUUAGAUCAGCAGGCUGGAAAAUCAAGAAAAUCAAAAGAAUAAGAAGUCCACAUGCUGAGAAAAAUGCAUAUAAUGAAUGGAAUUACAGCAAGCUCAGAAUAUGGCAACUCAGCGAAUACGAUAAAGUCAUAUUCAUCGAUUCAGAUUUCGUGGUUUUUAGAAACAUCGAUCAAUUCUUUUCGUAUCCAGAUCUAUCAGCUGCUGGAAAUGAUGGUUACAUUUUCAAUUCGGGUGUUAUGAUCAUAGAACCAUCAAAAUGCAAGUUCCAAAAUUUAAUGAACAAAAGGUUUGAAGUAGGUUCAUAUAAUGGGGGUGAUCAAGGCUUUUUAAAUGAAAUGUUUGUGUGGUGGCAUAGGUGGCCUAGUAAAUUAAAUGCUCUCAAGAUUUUUGGGAACUCGAGUCAUCGCGACCUUCGCGAUGAUUCGUAUACUGUACAUUAUUUGGGAUUAAAGCCAUGGAUGUGUUACGAAGACUAUGAUUGUAAUUGGGAUAAGGUGGAAUCUCAAAUUUUUGCGAGUGAUUCAGCACAUGAGAGGUGGUGGAAAGUGUACAAGAAAAUGGCUGUUGAGCUUAGGCAAUAUUGUGCAUUGACCCCAGAAAUGAAUGCAAGGAUAAUUAAGUGGAGGGGAAGAGCCAAGAAAGCUAAAUUUUCAAAUGGGCAUUGGAGGAUUGAAGUGAAAGAUCCAAGAAAGCAUGAAGACUUUCCUAUUGAUUUAUUAUUUGAUAAUUAG